AUGGUUCAUAACGUUUUAUUUGACCCCCCAAUGCCACAAGGGCAAAGGAUCAAUGUGGGUAAUAAUGUGGUGAUUAAUGACAUUGCAAGCAUUUACAAUUUGCCCAUCUUUAAAAACUUAUUUCGAGUUUAUUUUACCUUUCUUUUGGUUCAAUAUAUUCUAAUAUAUGCUUGUGUACCGUUGGAGGAAAUUGAAAACAGACCCGCAAUGUGUCUCAUAUCAUGCAUCUACACUUUGAUUAUGUUUACGAUCAAUGCGUCCAUUUUACCCCUAUGUUCAAGCACCAUACCUACAUUGGUUUCAUUGAGAUGUUUGUUUUGCUCAUUUUUGUUGGAGUUGGGAGGCACAGUGUUGAACAUUAUUGCGGUCAUUCAUAGCUUGAGAGCGGGAAAGAUGUACCAGAUUGAAAAACAGCGUGGGAAAACAACGCCAACAAAGACAAGUGUUGAAGUGUACAUCAACGUAUUUAUUAUUCUUGCCAUGACGUUUUCCAUAUUAGCAACCGCGACCGUGUUUUCUUUAGUUGUUGUUUGUGAACGGGCUUUGGAAUAUAUCACCAACAAAGUAGAUAGAAGACAUCUCAAAGCUGAAAAGCUGAAAAUUGGGGUGAUAAGUACAGAUUCUAUUGAAAAGUUUCAGCAACAGCAGGAAAAGUACUUUUGA